AGUAACAAGCAGCAGGGACUUUGCAGGCUCUGGGCUUUCGGGGGAAUUUUUAUAUCGUUUAUAUCAGUUUUAUACCAUUUGUAGUAGUUUGUUUCCUAAGAAUUUGUAAUACUUUGCUAUCCUGAUCUUAAUUUGAUUGAUUUUUUUUUAAAGCCAACCUUGGCUGAACGUGUUAGCUCUAAGCUAACUUAGCUAUCGUCUGCUAAGAGUAAGACAUAUUUCGGUAUUCCGGUAGCAAGAUAUAGCCAGCUGACAAGCUAUACGAAAAAAUAGAUAAAGGACUAAAGUUACCUCCGAAGCAAUACUAUAUGAAACACGAUUGUUUAUUUUAAUCGGAAAGUUGUUUGUACAGCAAUAUUUCUAUAAAACACCAUUGCCAGUGAGCUACAUCCAGGAUGACGGCAGUGCAGCUUAUUAAUAUCCAGAUGUUAUUGGAAGCUGCGGAAUACAUAGAAAGGAGGGAGAGAGAAUGUGAACACGGGUAUGCUUCGACGUUUCCAUCAGUUCAGAACACAAGCUAUCAGAGACAAAGGAAAUUUCGAAAUAAAAAGUUCAACAACCAUAACAAUAACAACCACAACAGGUCCACACACAAUGAGCUGGAGAAGAACAGGCGAGCUCACCUCCGACUGUGUUUGGAGCGAUUGAAGUCACUUAUACCACUGGGACCUGACUGCAAUCGGCACACCACGUUGGGACUGCUCAACAAAGCCAAAGGACAUAUUAAGAGACUUGAAGAAGCGGACCGGAAGAGCCAACACCAGCUGGAGCACCUGGAGCGGGAACAGCGCCACCUACAGCGCCAGCUGGACCAGCUGCGGAUGACCGGCACGGGGGACGGAGAGAGAAUACGAACAGACAGCGUAGACUCCACCCUGUGCUCCGACCGCUCCGACUCGGACCAAGAGGAGAUCGAGGUGGACGUGGAAAGCACCGAGUUCUCCCACGGAGAGCUGGACAGCGUGAGCACGGCCAGCACCAGCGACCUGGACGACCACAGCAGCCUGCAGAGCACAGCGAGCGAUGAGGGCUACUCCAGCUGCAGCGUCAAACUGGCCUUCUCCUCCUAGAGCCUACCCAACAACCCCCUCCCCCCCUCCCAGGGGCCAACGAGCCACGCCCUACCACAGCCACCCACACACCGGGGGCGACCAGAACUCCACCCGACCGCAGACCCGGCUCUGUAGCGGGGUCUAGCAGCACAAAACCCACCUUAGAUUCCGCGGCUUCUCUUUACUCCACUUUCCUUUCUUAGCAGCAGCACAGGGACGAGGGGCAAUGCCAGGAGAUUGUCAAAGAGCUGGUGAACGCGAUGUCAUCGGCUGGGGGACGCGAGGAAUACGAAAGGCUAACGUUUUUGCGACGGCUCUCGUUACAGAAAGGUUUGUUUUGAAGGACUAUAACCGUUCACCGUCUCUCGGCGUUGACGUUCGGUUUCAAAAGCAGCUCGUUUUUACGCCGAACUUAUUUAAAAGAAUAUUUAUAUUUUAAACUGACAUUUAGUGAACCUGUGAAGAACAAACCUUCAUUUUCAGAAUGAAAUGGAGCACUUUCAUUUAGAUGGGAGAUUCUAAUGGGUUUUGUUUUUUUCUUUAUUUUGCUUAGAUUUUUCUUUCUUUCCUCUCUGUCUGCCUCCGUCUGUACUUGGGUUCUGAUCUGGUCAGCCAUGUUAACUCCUGUUCCUCUGUCAAGGAACAAAUUGAAAUAUUGAACCUGUGGGGUCACAAUUCCACUUUUGCCAUAUCAACUUUUCUUGAGCAUUUUUGUUUUUCUUAAAUCACUGCUCAACACCACAACUUCGGCUCUGAAAUUGGUGCUACAUGAAACACACCCAACAGCGCAGACUGUGAACUGGCUCAUAGAGCAGUUCUGAAAACGUUUCGUCAAAAGGAGGAAAACUCAUACCCAUUAACAUGGGUAUUCGGUGCAUUGUAAUUGCGGAAUCAUAUUUUUGAUUUCAGCAAGCAGCUAUACCAUAAACUAUUCUGCACUUGCCUACAUUAUAGCAGACCAUAGAACCGGCACGAUGAAACUUUUCUUAGACGUGUCCCUCCUAGCAGUAAGUCAGAAGCAAUAAGACUCAUAGUCAUUCGUCUUGACAAUUUUGGCUCGUUUUUUUUUUUCUGAGGCACACAUCUGUGGCCGUCCAAAAGCAAAGCAGACUUGCUUGUUUUGUAUAUACUUACAAUAGUUCGAUAAAUUAAGAUAAAGGAAAAUAAAUAAAAAAAGGAGAAAAAAUGGUAGUACCCAUGGAUAGAAAUAUCGCCUCUGUUGCUGUUUGUCUUGUGUUUUGUGCAUUUUAAAUUAUAUUUUUUUGAAAAAGAAAAAAAACGUAUUCUCUUCAGAGUGGCAGUCUUUGUGGCAUGGACAGUGUUACUUGGUUCAUUUUACUGGCUGAAACGUUCUAAAGUUUCCAUUCCGUAGUUGCCGUAAAGGAAACGUUACGCUUUAGUUCAAGACACAACGAGAACUAUAUUGGUCAUUGGACCCUACAAAAAAAAUCAUUAUAAUAAAAAAAAUUUAAAAACAAAAAACAAAAAAAUGGAGGACUUCUGUUGAUAAAUGCUAAGUUUGAGUGGCUCUCUUAUUUAUUAGAUUGUUUUCAAAGCUGAAAAGCAUUCCACUAGUAUCGAGGCUGAGACUUGAGGCGACCAGAUCCUGUCGCUGACUACCUUUAAUCGCCUCUCGAGGUUUCCCCAAAUUGCACUUCCAAGGUCUAGCUUUCCUUUGUCUCUUUCUUGUUUUAUUAUAAAGACUAUCCAAUGUAUUCAGUCUUUUAUGAAAGAUGCUAUUUACAAAUGGAUUGGGUUACCCUUUUAUUGUUUAAGUAUUUAUUUGAAUUCUCACCCCUUUCACAGACGGGCGAGGAAAAUGAACAUACUUUUUCCUCCCGUCGGUUUUAGUCUUACUUUAUGCUUAAGUUUCAUUCUUUAUUUUCAGAAUUGGUUAUGGUUUUUGAGGAAAAAAUGGUUGUGCAGCCAUUUUUUUCAUGUUAUGAUGGACACAUGAAAUGUAAUCUUCCCAUGCCUGUACCCAAUGACGGAGAACUAAAAUAUGUUUUCUGUGUCUUCCUAAACCAGAUGUAAUUGGGAAUCUCUGAUGGUAAAGUACAUGUAUACGAUUUAGACCUGUUAACACUUAACCUGGCUAAUAUGCAAGGUAAAGCCCACCUAACAUUGUAAGUUGGCCUUGUGAAAGAUAUGGAUAUGGACUGCAAAUAAGAGGGCAGUAGUCAUGAACUAGAUCCAACCGAGGUCUGAAGAAUAAUUGUUUUUAACAAGGCUAUUUUUGGGCUGUUUAUGAAAAUGGGUUACAUUUUCAGGACCAUUUUUUUUCCUUUUAAGUAAAAAAAUGAAUAAAAUCAGACCUAAUUAUACAUUAACCACGAUUAAUGCCUUCUUCCAAGGUCCUUUCAAUAAAUCACCAAACCGUGUCUUACAACACACCACCAGAGUCCACUCCUGCAAGGGUCGAUUACGUUUUCGUUGUUCCACGUCUUAUGUUUUGGUAUUUUGUAUGUUUUUUUUUGUUUGUUUUUUUUCUCUUCUUAAAAGUGCACUAUGAAAAGAUCCACAUUAAGAAGCAGUGUUUCCAAUUCUACAUCAAUGUGUUUGGUCUGUGUCCUGGGGCCCAUAGGGCUGUGUGGUCUUGGACCGGCAACAUGUUAUUUUGUGUAGAUAUUGGUUUAAAGACACUGGCAAGGGAGAAUGGGUCAACGAAUAAAGCUUUUCCACCCGA